GGCAACGUAACUUCAGUUUAUUUGAUGAAAAGUCCGUCAUUGAAGCCUUUAAUGAUCCUCAAACAGCAGAAAACUUUAAAGUAGCUUUACUAGUUUACUGCAGAGAACUCUUAACUAAGCUUUAAUCCCAGCCCCGGUAUGCCAAACGUUGUAUUGCAGAGUGACUAGUAGUUCGGGACAGCAAACUUUAGACGUGUCCAGCUAACGUUGGGCUGCUUGGGAAUUGAACCGAACUCCAACGAUGCAUAUGCUGGCUUCAAACGGAUCCAUAAUGGGCCUGAACUCCGACUGGGUGAAAGUUAAAGCACACUACCGUGGGUAUAUGUUGAUCACUGACUUGGCUGCCACAGUAAGCUUCAUGGAGCUGUGUGAGGAAGUGAAAACAAUGUGCAGCGUUGCUAAGCAACAGCCCAUCACACUCAAGUGGAUUGACGAUGAAGGAGAUCCUUGUACCAUCUCUUCCCAGAUGGAGCUGGAGGAGGCUCUACGGAUUCACAGCAGAACCAAGAGAUCUGGAUUGCUGCUCCAUGUUUUCCCCAGCAUCCCGGAGCAGCCAGGCAUGCCCUGUCCUGGAGAAGACAAAUCAAUCUACCGCCGUGGGGCCAGAAGAUGGAGGAAGCUCUACCGAGUGAACGGACACCUUUUCCAGGCCAAACGCUUUAACAGGAAAGCCUACUGUGGCCACUGUUCCGAAAGGAUAUGGGGGCUGGGCCGGCAGGGCUACAAGUGUAUCAACUGCAAACUGUUGGUCCAUAAGCGCUGUCACAGACUACUCCUUCAGACCUGCCAAAGGCUUAUGGAUCCAGUCAUGCCAUCACAGGAGCCCUCUUCAGACACCAAGAGUGAGGAGGUAGACCUUCCACCGGAUGACACAGAGGACACAGAUGAGAUAUCUUUUCUGCCACACAACUGUGCUGUGGAUAAAAGUGAAGAUGCCGACACAGAGGACUCUGACCUCAAUCCCCUGCAGGACAUCAAGGAUGUAGUGGACGGCAUCGACGGCAUUAAGCUGUCCCAGGGCACUACUCUAGGUCUGGGUGACUUUGAACUGAUCCGAGUGAUUGGGAGGGGUAGCUAUGCCAAAGUCCUGCUGGUCCGGCUGAAGAAGAAUGAGCAGGUGUACGCCAUGAAAGUGGUGAAGAAGGAGCUGGUCCACGAUGAUGAGGAUAUCGAUUGGGUGCAGACAGAAAAGCAUGUGUUCGAGCAGGCAUCCACAAAUCCAUUCUUAGUCGGUCUCCACUCCUGUUUCCAGACAGAAAGUCGUUCUGUGUGUUUCAGGUUAUUUCUGGUGAUUGAAUAUGUGAAUGGUGGAGACUUGAUGUUUCAUAUGCAACGGCAACGGAAGCUCCCAGAGGAACAUGCCAGAUUUUAUGCUGCUGAAAUCUGCAUCGCACUGAACUUCCUUCAUGAAAAGGGCAUCAUUUACCGAGAUCUAAAACUCGACAACGUUCUCUUGGACCACGAAGGACACAUCAAGCUUACAGACUACGGCAUGUGCAAGGAGGGGAUCAGACCAGGGGACACCACCAGCACUUUCUGUGGAACCCCCAACUACAUUGCACCUGAGAUCCUCAGAGGAGAGGACUAUGGCUUCAGUGUGGACUGGUGGGCUCUGGGUGUUCUGAUGUUUGAGAUGAUGGCUGGAAGAUCUCCGUUUGAUAUUAUUACAGACAAUCCUGACAUGAACACAGAGGAAUACCUUUUUCAAGUUAUCCUCGAGAAGCCCAUUCGCAUCCCACGGUCUCUGUCGGUGAAAGCUGCCAGCGUGCUCAAGGGCUUUCUAAACAAGGAUCCCAAGGAGCGCCUGGGUUGCCAGGUCCAAGCAGGCUUCACAGAUAUCAAGUCACACACAUUUUUCCGCAGUAUAGACUGGGACCAGCUGGAAAAGAAAGAGAUGACCCCGCCCUUCAAACCUCAAAUCUCUGAUGAGUAUGGCUUGGACAAUUUUGACACGCAGUUUACCAAUGAACCAGUGCAGCUAACACCAGAUGACGAGGACGUCAUCAAGAGAAUAGACCAGUCCGAGUUCGAGGGAUUUGAAUACAUCAACCCCCUGCUGCUGUCCACAGAAGAGUCAGUAUGAAGGAGAGAGCAGCUUCCUCUUUCGCCCACCUUCUGUCUGUUCAAGCUGCCGUCUUAGCCAGGAAUAAAACCAACAGAAGCCAACAGUGGAAGGCGAGGAGGACGACGAACUCACUGCACCGGCCAUGAAGGCGAAGCAAACAGGGGAAGGGGAGAGUUUCCUUCCUGGACUAUUAGAUUGUUUUGCUGAGUAUCAGAGUCUCCUGUCUGUCUUAGUUUUUAGGUGGAAAACAGACCCUGGACUACGGGAACAUUCCCUGCCCUUCUGGUCUCCUCUCCCCUCCUUUUCCUUUCAGCUUAUUUCCAUCCUUGAAUCAAAGCACGACCAGCUUUGUCAUUUCAGAACAGUAAUUCUGUGUCUGCCCUCACGAAAAUAUUUCAACCAUCACAUGUCCCAUGAUGAAUAUGAGAGUUCUGUUAAAGAGCUUGAAAUGGUUUUAGCUGCACUUUUGCUUCAUUUCAGUUUUUCUAUCUUGUAGAUGGGGCGACGCCUCGGAGCAAGCAAGAAUGUACAUUGACAAAAUAAAAACAUUAAGUUAUUAUGUAUUAUAAUGUAGGUAGUGAAUCCAAAAUUGAUGAUGCCUUUAAUUGAUGCAAGUGGCAUAUUCUCAUUUGCAACCACAUUUUCUUUUUGUAAAAUCUGAUUGUCUCUAACUAAAUGUGGGACGCUAACUGGGACAUGAAUUUGUAUUUAAGAAGUGCCUCAAAGAUCAAGUGAAUUCUGUUUCUGAUUGCUUUUACUGGACUUCCUCCACCCUUCACAGCUUCAGUGGGUGAAGCUGCUGCAACCAGUCCUCUUGUUUUCAGUUCAGACAUCAGUGAUGAUUGUCCACGAGUUUGCUUGAGCAGAAUUAGGAGAAGACUAAAUGCACAAAAUGAGAGCAUGACGUGUCCUUUAUGUGUAGUAAAGAUGGUGUCCUGUUUACCAAGAGUUUCUGGUGCCGAACAGAUGCUGUGCCCAUUUACUGCCAGUCGAAAUCAGGUAGCUGGAAUUAGGAUCAGUUUGUUGGGGAAAACUGAGCACUCUGGUUCUAGCUUUCAUAGUGUUUGGUGGUCAAGCCCAGUCAGUCACCAUAGCUUGACCCAUGAGACGUCAUGUGUCUCCAUCUCCAACCCACGACUGGCUUUGCUGGAUAUGGAACCAUUUUAGAGCUUCUUUAAUCAGUGCUUCCUAAAGCUGGGGGUUGGACCAUAACACACAGAGGGAAGGUUUCUUGAGAUGAGCAUCUGCGAUUUGAUUCAGAUCUUAAACAAGAGAAAAAAACAGAUCAAAUCAUAAAAGUUUGGGCUGUUUGGCUCCCUGUGGACAUUUUGGUGUUGUUCAUAUACUUCAGCCCGCCUCAUUUUGGAUCACAAGUCUUUCAGGAGAUGGAUAGAUGGAUUAUGACAUCGUCUGCUGGCACUGCUCCGGAUUGUCUCUGGAUUUACCGCUCUGUGUACAUCCUGAACCUCACCUAUAGUAAGGAGAUCAUGACCACAAGAACCAGAUCCCAGAUAUAAGCUCCUAAAAUGAGCUUCCCCUGCAGGGUGUCUGGGCCAUGCCUUAGAGAGCAUCAGGAGCUCUGUCACCUAGCUAGGGCUCAGAGUAGAGCUGCUGCUCCUCCACAUCUAAAGAUGUCAGCUACGGUGGUCCUGGUAUCUGAUCAGGAUGUCUGAUGGUACAUCCCACUCAGAGGAAUCCCUGGGGCAAACUCAGAAAUCACCAGAUUAUAUAUACCUUCUGGCUGGAAAUGCCUUGGGAUCCUGCAAGAAGAGCUGCAGAAUGUCACCAGGGAGAGGUAUGUGUGGGUUUCCCUCCUGGAUCCUCCUUAGAUCAUCUGCAUCACUCUGCGUGGGCCUGGCGGGCCUAGACAGGGUCUAGCAGGAGUAGUCCCAUGAGACAUUCGUUUCAGUCCUGACCUUUGGUUCUGAUGAAUGUUCUGGUACCCGGGUCUAAUGCUGAAAAGGUAUUUGGUUUUAUACCAGUAACACCCACUACUGGAUGCACCGUUGAUGUUAUAUUGGAUUGCUGGUCAGGAUGCUGUCCUGCUCCUGGAACAAAGUUGUCAGUGUAAAGCUGGUCCAACAUGUGGUGUUCAGCACUCUGUUCAGAACCAUUCUCAUGGUUUGUUGGAAAAAGAAGCCAGGAACUGGGAUCACAAAGUUUUCUUUUUUGCAAAUUGUGAUAUUUUUCAGAUUCAAAUGUAUGUUUUCUCAGUGUUGCAAAUAUUUUCUUCAAGGACAUAAAAUCACAAAUUGUUCUCCUGAGAUGGAUGAAGAAAUGAUUCUCCGGUAUAUGGAGGAAAGCUGAAAUGUACACAUAAAUAUCCAUUUUUAAACAUGAUCUACUUGAUUCAAAUUUUAGCUUUAUAAAUAUAGAAAAGAGUCUGCAAACACCAAUGUUCUUUUCCCCAGAUGUCUCCCAGAGCAGAACCUUUCUGUUUAGGAACCCUGCAAUGAUCUGUGGAUAUCAGAGAGGGAUCCCUUCUAUCCGUGUGCUUCGGGGGAGGGAGAGCUCUCUGUAGGCCAGAAAUUAUUAGAUGAACUGUGACCUGUGCUAAUUGGAUAACAACGUAAUAGGAUUAAUUAGCUCAUCUUGACUCCGGGUCUUAAUAAUCUGCCGGGUGGGAACAGACCGAUAAUAAAGUGCUUCAGUUUCCUCCAAUAUGCUGAUGAAGAGUAGAAUUUGAAAAUUGGAUGAAGCUUCCCAAACUCCACCUCUGUUCUGCAUGUUCUUAAUGUUUUUGUUGAGCUUUUUCUACUCCAGAUAGCAUUUUAUUUCUGAGGGACCAAUGGAACUCAUUGAAUCCAAAUUUGACAACACUGAAGGCCAUUUUAAAGAAUGAUUGAAAAAAUGAAUGAAAUAAGACCAGGAUUUUUUAACUUGAUGCUGGGUCAGUCUGCUUAACGUUUCUUCACCACUUCCUUGUAAAUAUGUGUAAUUAUUAAAAAUGCUACUGGUUUUCCGUGA